ACUUGAACUGCAGCUGAAUGGUCAGAAGGAAAUUAGUUUGGUUAGAGCUGAGCGCGUUGUUUGAACGAAACGGUAAAAACGAUUAGCGAAUUUGACUUAAACGAGAGUCGCUUUUUGGAUUUGUGCCAGAAGAAAGUGCGAUUGCUGUGAUAAGCAUUUAUCAACAAAAACAAAUAUAAAAACAGUGCGAAUAUUUUCAAUAGAUAUUUUGCUUACAUAACAGUAAACUACAUGUGAAUACAAAAAAAAAAUAUGUCUUGCAAUUGGCUAAUUUAUUUGGCUUAUUUCCUGCUGGCACCGACACUACUGCCAGCGGUUACGUAUCAUAGACGUAAUUAUGAUUUGAGAUAUGGCAACUCGGAUAUGCCGCAAUGGAAACUGAGGGCAUGUCAAAAGACACAAAGAGAAAAGAUCAACUUGCACUAUAUUUGUGAUGAGAAGGGUAAUGUCAAAUGUCUACCCGGCUGGCAGGGUGACCUGUGUCAAGUGCCACAAUGCAGAAAAGGAUGUGAUCCCAUGAAUGGCUACUGCCAAUGCCCGGACGAGUGUCGCUGUCGCAUCGGUUAUACGGGAGAAUUCUGUGAGCGUUGCAUACCACUGCCAGGCUGCCAACAUGGCUACUGCAAUAAACCGUUCGAAUGCAUUUGCAAGCCCGGUUGGGAUGGUCUCUUCUGCACCGAACCCACCUGCCGUUCGGGUUGUCACAACACACGCGGCUAUUGUGAGGCGCCCGGUGAGUGUCGCUGCCGCCUGGGCUGGGCGGGGCGCAAUUGCAGUGAUUGUGCCGUGUUGCCCGGCUGCCAGCGUGGCACAUGUCAAAAGCCACUCGAAUGCAAUUGCCUGCCGGGCUAUACAGGACUACUGUGCCAAACAGCUAUUUGUGCUGCGGGCUGUCACAAGCAGCGUGGAUACUGCACCAAGCCGGGCGAAUGUCGGUGCAAAGUCGGUUGGACAGGACCGAAUUGCGAUCAAUGUUUUGCCUAUCCGGGUUGUGUGAAUGGCCACUGCGAAAGGCCAUGGGAGUGCAAUUGCAAACCCGGUUGGGGUGGCAUGCUCUGCGAUGAGAAGUUGACAUACUGCGACGAGCAUCCGAACACUUGCGAAAAUGGCGGACGCUGCAUAUCGUUCACUAAGGAUGACGGUAGUUAUCGCUGCGAAUGCAAACAAGGUUAUCUGGGUAAAAAUUGUGAGAUUUUAGACGAAUUCAUGCUGACCUCAACGGCAGCGCCGCGCAUCACGCCGCCACCAAUGCCCGGUUGGGGAGACGAAUCGGACGCAGAUAUGCUAAAUAAUGAUGAUGACGACGAUGACGGGGAUAACCGCAUCGGCAGUGAUUAUCAGCUGGGGACACAUAAAGUGCAACAAAAUAAUGGCGCAAUAACAACAACAGCAGCAACAAUAAGCAAUGCGGCCGGUCACAGCGAGUUGGCAAAGCCACUGCAACCACCAACAACACAACUGUAUGCUGGAACGGUAACCACUUUGACUGCCGUUGACAAGAUGACAAAUUUAAAUGACACUAAAUCCAUUGUGGCCCACGAUACUAAUAAUAUUAAGCCGCCAGAAGCAGCUGCAGUGGCUGCCCAGCCGACUGUGUCCGUCCAAUUGCCACAAGCGGCAAGAAAUGCGACUGACGUGCAAAUGCAAGCAGUAACAACAACAAGCGACACAACAACAACAGCGAGUAAACGUACUCAUUUGAAUUUAAUUAAUGCCACAGUAUCGGCUUUAAGCGCCCACCCUGCAUUGCCCGGCCGUGAGGCGGACGAAAAUAGCACCAUUAAGAGCGCUCCACUAGCGAAUCGAACACACAGCAGCAGCAGCAGCACAACACCAGCCACACCCACAGCCAUUUCGAGUCCCAUACCGAUUCCAUUGCAUUUCCUGGAACCAGCGCUCACGCACAAUGAGGUCACACAUACAGCGGCUGCAACGGUAAAUUCAAAUCUGGCCGCUGCUUCCGGUAAUCCAGCUGAUGAAGAUGCUAAUCGUGAUGAAUACGAGGAGGAUGGCGACGAUGAGGACGAUGACGACGAAGAGGGUGAUGACGAUGAUGAAGAGGGCGAUGACGACGACGACGAUGAUGAUGAAGAUGAAGACGACUUAAUACCAGAUGUGCUUAAUAGUGUUGCCUAGUUGACUUGACAGGCCUACUCAGGAUUGUGGCUGUCCAACGGUUGACUGACACACGACUUCGUUUAAUUACUCAUUACGGCGGUUAUUUGUAUACAAACAUUGUGUAUAACUAUCUGUAUUGGCAUAGUAUUUAUUAUUUAAUUAGCCACAUAUGCUGUUAGCCGUCGAACGCAUGGUUGCAUUGUGUGCUAGCAAAUGUGUGUGGUGUUAUUAUUGUACAAUUAAUAUUAGAAUUUCCCAUUAUUUAUUGUAUUUAUUGUAUAUGCAUGCGAAUUUGUAAUUAAUAUUUAUUUAUUUAUUAAAUAUAUGUAGAAAAUGUUAUGGAAUUUCUC